GUGAAAUAUUUAGCUGCUUAUCUUUUACUCGUCGAAGGUGGUCACGAACACCCAGCUUCAAAAGAUAUCGAACAUUUAUUAGAAACUGUUGGUAUUGAAGCCGACCACAAACAAGUUGAACUCUUGUUGAAAUCAGUUUCUGGUAAAACUGUCGAUGAAUUAAUUACCUCAGGCAGUUCCAAAUUAGCCUCUUUAGCCACUGGUGGUGCCGUUGCCUCUUCUGGCUCUGGUUCUGAUACUGGCUCUGGUUCUGGUGCUGCUGCUGAAGAAGAAAAAGAAGAAGCCUCUGAAGAAGAAGAAGAAUCUGAUGAUGAUAUGGGUUUCGGUUUAUUUGAUUAG